UUGCGGAGCCGGACCUUCGGCCCGGCCAGCGCCUGCCCGGGUGGCCGCGCGAGCCCGCGAGCCCUGUGAGCGCGCGGCCGCUCCCGUGCGCCGCAGAGGCCGUGCCCGGAGCAAAGCGAUGAGGUUCUGAUCGACCUGUGGUGAGGGGCAGCACAUCUCUGACGACGGUUGUGUUCCUUUCCCGCAGGUGGACUAGAGCCACAGGGAAAAUGGUGGAAAAUUCACCGUCGCCACUGCCAGAAAGAGCGAUCUAUGGUUUUGUUCUGUUCUUAAGCUCCCAGUUUGGCUUCAUACUUUAUCUCGUGUGGGCUUUUAUUCCUGAAUCUUGGCUAAACUCAUUAGGCCUGACCUAUUGGCCUCAAAAAUACUGGGCAGUCGCAUUGCCUGUCUACCUCUUGAUUACUAUAGUCAUUGGUUAUGUACUCUUGUUUGGCGUUAACAUGAUGAGCACCUCUCCGCUCAACUCCAUUCAUACAAUCACAGAUAACUAUGCUAAAAAUCAGCAGCAGAAGAAAUACCAAGCAGAGGCCAUCCCAGCACUGAGAGAUGUUCCUAUUAGUGAAGUAAACCGAAUGUUCUUUCUUUCAGCCAAAGAACCUUAUACUAAAAACUGAAUCGAGUGUGAACAGAUGAACAUCAAUGGAAGACAGCUUGUACUCGUAUCUCCUUCUGCAUUGGAUCUGUUAUGUCACCACACAACACAAAGCCUCUGGAAGACUCCAUUGCGUACUCAUGAGAACAAGAAUGAGGAAGACAGCUGUCACCUUAAUACUGUGAAAAUGGUUUUGAUCUGUAGCCCCGAUAGGGAAUUUCUGGGUCCUGGAUUUUAAGAAGCACCAGCCUGUGUGUGUGACUGCUUUGACUAGACAUGUCCUGUGGCUGCACCCUCUGUUCCACUUCUUCUUCAGCUGCUGAUGCCCAAGACAGUUCCCCUGAGGUUUGACCACAUCCACCCAUGCCACUGCUUCUUGUCACAUACACUGGAAGGAGGGGGGUUAAUAGCUGUGGGACCACUGGAGCCGGAUGUGGGGCAGGCAUCAGGAUAAACACAUCCUUCGCCAUCCCCCAAGGAGACGAUUCUGAGCUCUGUGCCUUGAGCUCGGUUGCCAUGGUGGUGGGGACCUUGGUCACAUGCCUGUGCUGGCUUGUCUGUCAGCUCUGUUGCAUUCCCUCUGCUACUCGCUCCUGUGUGCUGUGGCCAUUUUCCCAGUUAACUGCCUACUCACAGACCUUUACCAUAGCCCUACUCUGGGGGCAACUGUAGACGCAAUGUUUUAUUUUGUGUAAAAAUGAGCUUCAGUUAUAGGUUUGUGGUACAUAAUGCAUUUCCCUGCUGCAUAU